AUGAGCGACGAAUUAAUUAAUCUACCAGACCAACCUCUCGUUGUAGAUGAAUCCUCAUCAUUGCAGGAAAAGAACAUGUUGAGAGAGAGCAGUCGAAACAACUCAGAAGAAUCAACCAAGCUGGAGAAUGCAGAAACAAGCCUCUCUUCACCUCACACGGCUAACAAGAAGACAACUUUGCCAACUUGGAAUCAUCCAAUCAUGUAUCUGAUUAAUAUUCACAUUCUCAUUUGUUUGCAUGCAUUCUCUUGGUGGGCUUUACUUCAAACUGCAAAUCAUCCACUAAGAAAGCAUAUCAUUUCUCAACCGCUCUCGUUCAUUCAGAAAACCAUGACAUACAUUCCAGAUACUGUUGUUCCUCAUGUCAAUCAAAACAUCUCUGUCAUUCUUUCGGAAUACUUCCCUUCAGAAGAGACUGUAAUUUCAACUUCAUUCUUAUCAAGCCCUCUUUUCGGAUUUGUGAUCUUACCAAUUGCAGAAAUUGUUUUGCCUUUCAAAGGAGUUGAAUAUUUGUACAGUAAUAACGCCUAUGACAAGAAGGAAAUUGAUGAGCAGACAAACAAGUACAAGUUUUUCUUCAGAGUAAUUCCUCUAGUUUAUACGGUAACCCUUAGUGCCUUAUUUUGGUUCUCUCUCACUUGUGUUCAUUUGUUGACAUUGGAACAGUUUCUCCUGCAUUCUCUAUCACUUGGUAUUGUCAUUGCUCAGAGUGGUGCCAUCUCUCAUGAGAUGCUCCACAAAAGAACAUGGCUCGAAAAUUUAUGUGCAAGAAUCAUUCUAAGUUAUCAUAGCUACUUACAUUUUCCUUUGGAGCAUGUGUAUUCACAUCACAAAAAACUAGCGACCUAUGAAGAUGCGGCCACUGCGAGAUAUGGAGAAACAAUUUAUAAGUUUGUGUUUCGAUCAAGUUUUACUGGUUAUAUGAAUGCUUGGAGAAUUGAUAUAGAGAAAGUCAAAAAGAGAAAAGAAAAGUUGAGAUGGUUGAAAUCAGAGAUGUUAUGGAGCACUGUAGUCACGAUUGCUCUUCCAAUCUGUAUUUAUCAUUACAUUGGAGCAGCAGCCUUAACCUCCUUUAUCGUGACUUGUUUGGUGGCCAUUUUCCUUGUUGAGUCUGUGAAUUAUGUGGAGCAUUAUGGGCUUAAAAGAAGAAAGAGAGAUGACGGCAGCUAUGAACCUGUGAAUGAGACUCAUAGUUUUGAUGCUCUCUUUAGAGUUAGUAGUUACAGUUACUUUAAUAUUAUCUUCCAUGCCGAUCAUCACUUUUAUGGCCAAAGAGAGUACUACAAAUUGAGGGUCUAUGAAAACUCUCCCAAACUACCCUAUGGAUAUAGCACCAUGAUCCUUUUGUCAUUCAUUCCUCCUUUAUUCUUUAGCAUUAUGCAUCCUAUUCUUUAUGACUUUUAUGAAAAAAGAGGAAUUGAUUACGACAAGUUGUUGCAGCAAGAAUAA